AGGACGGCUCCUACUUGGCCGAGUUCCUGCUGGAGAAGGGCUACGAGGUCCAUGGAAUUGUACGGCGAUCCAGUUCAUUCAAUACUGGUCGAAUUGAACAUCUGUAUAAGAACCCCCAGGCUCAUAUUGAAGGAAACAUGAAACUGCACUAUGGUGACCUCACCGACAGUACCUGCCUCGUAAAGAUCAUCAAUGAAGUGAAGCCGACCGAGAUCUACAACCUCGGAGCCCAGAGCCACGUCAAGAUUUCUUUUGACCUGGCUGAAUACACUGCGGACGUCGAUGGGGUCGGCACCUUACGGCUUCUGGAUGCAGUGAAGACCUGUGGCCUUAUCAACUCUGUGAAGUUCUACCAAGCCUCAACAAGCGAGCUUUACGGGAAAGUGCAGGAAAUACCGCAGAAGGAGACCACUCCUUUCUACCCGCGCUCGCCAUACGGGGCAGCAAAGCUCUAUGCCUAUUGGAUUGUGGUGAACUUCCGGGAGGCGUAUAAUCUGUUUGCAGUGAAUGGCAUCCUCUUCAAUCAUGAGAGCCCCAGGAGAGGAGCUAAUUUUGUUACUCGAAAAAUUAGCCGGUCAGUAGCUAAGAUUUACCUUGGACAACUGGAAUGCUUCAGCUUGGGGAAUCUGGACGCCAAACGAGACUGGGGCCACGCCAAGGACUACGUGGAGGCCAUGUGGCUGAUGCUGCAGAAUGAUGAACCCGAGGACUUUGUCAUAGCCACGGGGGAGGUCCACAGCGUCCGGGAAUUCGUAGAGAAGUCGUUUCUGCACAUCGGAAAAACCAUCGUGUGGGAAGGAGAGAAUGAAAAUGAAGUGGGCAGGUGCAAAGAGACCGGCAAAGUUCACGUGACCGUGGAUCUCAAGUACUACCGACCAACUGAAGUGCAAAGGCUUCACUCUCCAAGGAUCCGGCCCCGCGUCUCCUCCCGCCGAGCCACGUGCUCUCUGCCGGGACCCCUGCAGCAUCCUCAGGCACUCCACUCCGGCCCUCCGGCUCAUCUCAGGACAACAGCCAGGCGACACUUGAUACGAAGCGAGGUCACGUGGCUGCUCCCUUGAGCCCUCCCCGGGGCUCCACCUGCUCAGAAGGGAGCCCUGAGUCCGCCCAUAGCCCCCAAGGCGCCCCGUGAUCUGCCCUCCCCCGCCUCACUGAGCUAGGCCCCAGGGAUGCACAGACCGGGCCACCAGGGAGCUGGAGAGCGGGACUGGCUCCCUCCUGCCCUCGGUCCCCGUGUCCGUGUCGCUCUGUCCCAGGACCCUCGACUAAGCAGCAGCCCGCACUGCGGCCCCGUCCACUGCCUCUGUCUCCCAAGCGCCUGGCCAGCACCUGACCCAGUUGCCCCUGGACUGCCUGGCGGACAGAUGAGUUGAUUCCAGCCCCUACUCACCGUGGAAGGACAGGCCUGCAGCGCAACGCAAGGAGGUGUGGGCUGAAAUUCAGAACACCUGGGGCCCGAAUUCCGGUCGGUCGUGACCUUGAUACUCACCGCCUGUCUGACCUUGGGCAAGGUCCAGCCCUGGAGCCCGGGCCCUGUCCCCUUUCCUGCAGGGUGGGUGCCUGGGCCACUCCAGCCCUGACACCCAGUCGUCCUGAGAAGCGAGAGACCAUGUCUGCCCGUUCCUGCCGUCCCCAGCCAGCCGAGCAGGCCUGGGGGCGAGGCCUGAGCGUGUGAUUGUCGCUGGUGGGAGGGACCGUGUCCUCAAGCAGGCGGGGAGGGUGCUGGUGAGGUGAGGGCUUUCCACGCAGCCUUUUCCUCUCGUCUCAGAAGUAAUCGUAGUUGUGAUUUUGCCUGAAACUGGGGACUAAAUGGACUAGACCCCAUAAACUUCCAUUUCUACCCUUGAUCCCAAACAUUUUUCUCAUUCUUUACUUAAAGUAGAUAUUCACUGGGACAGAGGAAAUGGAGUUUUGCAGUGUCUCAACAGAUGGCGCUGCUGGUAGCUAUUAUCUGACUAUAAAAAAAUCAAUUUCACUUUACUAACUUAAAAAAAAAACUCAUUAAAAAAUCUGUCUUGCGUCCUGGGAUGUGAUCCAUUCCUGUGUUUAGUCCUCAUCGGACUGAUGCCUCAGAUGGUGAGUGGUUUUAACCCUUCUGGAUAGUGAAGCCAGCCUGAAAUGCAGAGGGGCCCAGCCCAGGGCCGACCCUGAUCAUAGCUCCCAGCGCUCACCCAGCGCUGCCUUAGAAAACGCCACCAAGUGCUUUACUCAGAGGAAGAGAGAAGACCGUAUUCGCAGAUAAGUGCUGUCCAUUUUGGCUCUUGACAUAAAUACAAAUGAAUCAGGACCUAUCUACCUAGAUGCUUUGAAGAGAUGCAAAUAUUGUCUGCGGUGACCACACUCACAGAGAAGAAUACGGUGAUUAUUCAGAGAGGCUGGAGAAAGGUGCACGUCUACUAGAGCCUAAGGAGAAGACGUCCCGCAGAGAACCAAGGCCCAGGCUCCCCAGCUCCCUCCCCCAGACCCACGUUUCCAUCUGGCCUCCAAGCAGGAACGCUUUCAUUCUGCAGCCAUGCGCUGGCUUCUGGGUGUGGCUUCCCUGACUGCAUACAGCAGCAUAGGUUACAAAUAUUUGGCAGGAUUCCUCCUUCUCUGGGAACCAGACAAGUCAUAACACCCACCGAACGCUCCGCGCUGCUGUGCAGGGAGGAACGGCAUCAUCUCAGGUUUCAGAGCGUGGGGCCCGAGGUCGCUGGGCUCGGCUGCCCCCCUCGAGCCAUGGCCCCAGCCAGGACAGGCUUGGGGUUAGAGUGACAGGCCCCCAUUCUGCCACCAGGCCCCCUCCCCCCGCCACUGACCAGCCCACAGGCCCAGGGUGCAGCCAGCGCUUUGUCUCAGAGCCUGGCUCUGCCCUCUGCCUAUGGCUCCAUCACCCAGAACGGGAAAGAGAAAUUAGGCUUCGGGUGUGUACAAAAGAAGGCGUCGGCAUGUGAUGUUACAAAACACUAUUAAUGGGCUUCCCUGGUGGCGCAGGGGUUGAGAGUCUGCCUGCCGAUACA